AUGCGUUACUCAACCCACGUUGUGACCGCUCUGGCCUUCGCUGCCGGCACUGCCCACGCAGCCCAGUCCGCUAGUGACGACGGCAAAGUGACAACAGUGGCCGCCCAAAGUACCGUCGAAGCCACCGCCGUCGUCACCGCGGAGCCCAGCAGUGCUGCAACUGAAUCUGCUGUCCAGCACCCCCCUCCCAUUGCCGCAUCCAGUGCCCCAGCUUCUGCCUCCUCCGAGACAAGCGUCCCAGUCAUCAAGUCCAGCGCUACCGAGUCUCAGCCCGCUGCCACUGAAUCCAGCGCUCCAGUAGCCACCAACACCGAGCCCGCCGCUGUUGGAUCCAGCGCCCCAGCUACCCAGGGGAUUGGCACCGCCGCUCAAACGAGCGUCCCGCUCAUCAAGACCUCCGGAGGGGAGACACAGGCCGCUCAAACGAGCGCUCCGGCUGCUUCCAGCGUCCCACCAGUACCGAUCGAAUCGAACCCCGCCGUGACCAGUGCUCCUCCUGCCAGCAUUCCCCCGGCCGCCAGUGGCAACGCCAGCACCACUUCAUCGCUGCGGUUCUCCAACUCGACCACCUCUUCAGGGUCCUUUUCUACCGGCACCUCUGGAGGCGGUGGUGGCGGCGGCGGCGCUGCUACGGUUCCUGCUGCACCCACCUCCACGGGAUUCAUCUCGUCCAGCUCCGGAGCCAAGAUGGUUCUUCCCGGCCUUGCUCUAGUCGGAAGCAUCGCCAUGGGCUUGCUUGUCUUGGCUUAA